GUGGCUAAGUUUAGAACAUCUGUUUCAUUGGGACUUAACUUGUACGUAUGUGAUUGUGAUGAUGGUUAAGCUUGAAAGCUAACUAAAGUAAGGAAACAAGCAAGAAAAUUGCUUGUAUCAGAAUGCAAGUUGGACAUUAAGAUAUAGUUGUUUUUGCAUGUGUAUAAAAAGCUAGAUUCUGAAGCCCAUCAUAUCAAAACUAGUGUGAGAAAGAGAGAGGAGAGAGAGAUUGGUGAAAAAAUGGAGACAAAGAAGAGGAUGGCAGUUCUGGUAGGGUGCAAUUAUCCUAAUACCAAGUAUGAGUUGCAUGGCUGCAUAAAUGAUGUGAUGGCCAUGCGAGAGAAGCUGAUGAGCAGGUUCGGUUUUAAAGAGAGCAAUAUUCAGGUGCUGACUGACGAGCCAGGCUCGUUGCUGAUGCCAACUGGUGCCAACAUCAAACGUGCGCUGGGGCGAAUGGUUGGUAAGGCAGAAUCGGGAGACGUGCUGUUCUUUCACUACAGUGGACAUGGAACCAGAGUUCCAUCCAUGAAACAUGGAAACUUCCUUCGGCAGGAUGAGGCCAUUGUACCUUGUGACUUCAAUCUCAUUACAGAUAUCGAUUUUCGUCAUCUUGUAAACCGCCUGCCUAAGGGAGCAAGCUUCACCAUGAUUUCAGACUCGUGCCAUAGCGGAGGUCUGAUCGACAAAGAGAAGGAGCAGAUUGGACCUUCUACCAUCAUCAACGGUGAAAAGCUCUCACUCCCAUCUAUACCAAACGCUGCAAAGGCAAAAACCAUCCCCUUCCAAUCAAUUCUACAGCACCUUUCAUCACAUACCAACAUCAACACAACAGACAUUGGCACCCACCUGCUCGAAGCCUUUGGAGCAGAUGCCAGUCUCAAGUUUCAGCUGCACCCGCGUGAACUCGACACGGUUGACUUGCUGAAGCCCGAUGCAGGGAUUCUGUUGAGUGGGUGCCAGGCAAAUGAGAGUUCAGCAGACAUGAACCCGGAUAAUGCAGGUGGGAAAGCAUAUGGUGCAUUCAGCAAUGCGAUCGAGAACGUGCUCGAGAAGAACCCCGGUGUACUUUCAAACAAGCAGGUGGUGGUGAUGGCGAGAGAGAGGCUGAAGCAGCAAGGCUUGAGGCAGCAGCACCCCUGUCUGUAUUGUAGCGAUGAGAAUGCUGAGGCAAUGUUCUUAUGCCAGCGCCCAUGAGCUAAUUUUUAGCCCAUAUAACACAGAAUCGUGACAAAAUAAAUGAAAUAAAAUGAACUGUGAUUACUUUUAUUAUUUGUAAACUUGAUUGGUUUAUUUAAUAAGAAGGAAACUGUAGAUGAAGUUUUAAGCUUUUUAUAAA